CUUCAGUAGCCUUCAGAGCUGCGGUGUGUUGCGCCGCAAGAUUCAACUUUACCAACUCCUCCAUUUCAAGGAAUAACAUUAACCCUCUCUACAAGAACUACGAAUUGGGAUUGUACGCAAUUGAAGGAGACAAAUGUAGAGAACAGGAGACAAACAUUCCAAUCUUAGCUUGAUUACCAAGUUGAUUUGGAUCCUAUAGCUUUGUUGCGAGGGAAUCGUCCAGGAUCUCGGCCGCUUCAUUCGCACACUGAGGACAGAGGAGAAUUGAAUAUAGGAUUUCGUUGAAUGCCUUUAAAUGACUCGUACUGAAAGAAACACAAUUUCUCCCCGGCAAUAAUAACCAGGUACCUGGACUCCCUCUCCUCCUCUGUGUCUGGAAGAGGAGGGACCAUGCUGUGGGACAAACUAUGGUUGCUGUCCACCUUGCUGGCUUUGUCUGCCGAAACACUGCCCAUGCCGCCCAACGAGCCCCUCUCGGCCCCUCGUGUUUUCCUGUCCUUUAAAGAGCUGAGAUCAACUGGUACCGCCCACCACUUCACCUUCCUGCUGAACUCGACGGACUACCGUAUCCUGCGCAUGGAUGAGGACCACGACCGCAUGUACGUGGGCAGCAAGGACUACAUCCUGUCCCUGGACCUGCACGACAUCAACAAGGAACCGCUCAUAAUCCACUGGCCCGUGGCUCCUCAGAGGAAGACCGAGUGCGUUCUGUCCGGGAAGGACACCAACGGGGAAUGCGGGAACUUCAUCCGGCUGAUCGAGCCGUGGAACCGGACCCACCUGUACGUCUGUGGAACCGGGGCCUACAACCCCAUCUGCACCUACGUGGACCGAGGACGCCGGUCCCAGGCUCUGUACCUGCAGGCGCCCAAGUCCGGAGGGAGGACCAGCCGGGCGGCAGACUACAGCACUACAGCAGGGCCUGUGGAGUCAGAGGAAUAUACCUUCCGUUUGGACCCAGGCAAAGUAGAUUCAGGGAAAGGCAAAUGUCCCUACGACCCAAAACUCAACAGCGUCUCAGCUUUGAUUAAUGGGGAGCUCUAUGCCGGGGUGUACAUCGAUUUCAUGGGUACGGAUGCGUCCAUCUUUCGUACUCUGGGGAAACAGACAGCCAUGAGGACGGACCAGUACAACUCCAAAUGGCUAAAUGAUCCCACAUUCAUCAAGGCGCAGCUUAUUCCUGACAGUGCUGAGAAGAACGAUGACAAGCUCUACUUCUUCUUCCGGGAGAAAGCUUCAGAAAUGGGCCAGAGUCCGAUGACCCAGUCCAGGAUCGGACGGAUAUGUCUGAACGAUGACGGAGGACACUGCUGCCUGGUCAACAAGUGGAGCACUUUCCUGAAGGCCCGGCUCAUCUGCUCCGUGCCUGGUGCGGACGGGAUCGAGACACACUUCGACGAGCUCCGGGACGUCUUUAUCCAGCCAGCUCAGGACACCAAGAAUCCCGUCAUCUAUGGACUGUUCUCAGUUUCAGGGUCUGUGUUCAAGGGCUCCGCGGUGUGCGUCUACUCUAUGGCUGACAUCCGCCAGGUCUUCAACGGACCCUAUGCUCACAAAGAGGGGCCCAACUACCAGUGGGUGGCCUACACUGGAAAGAUCCCCUACCCUCGGCCCGGGACCUGUCCCGGUGGAACGUUCACUCCCAACAUGAAGUCUACCAAAGACUACCCAGAUGAGGUGAUCAACUUCAUGAGAAACCACCCCACUAUGUACAACGCUGUAUACCCAAUGCACAAGCGCCCCCUGGUGGUCAGGAACAACGUGGACUAUGAAUUCACCACCAUCACCGUGGACCAGGUGGCAGCUGCAGAUGGGAGCUACGAGGUCCUGUUCCUGGGAACAGACAGGGGAACGGUUCAGAAGGUGAUCGUCCUGCCCAGAGACGACAUGCAGACCGAGGAGCUGGUUCUAGAAGAGGUGGAGGUGUUCAAGGUGCCGACACCCAUAACCACCAUGAAGAUCUCAUCCAAACGGCAACAGCUGUACGUGGGCUCAGUGCUGGGCGUGACCCACCUGGCCCUCCACCGCUGUGACGUGUACGGUGAGGCGUGUGCCGACUGCUGCCUGGCCAGAGACCCCUACUGCGCCUGGGACGGAAAGUCCUGCACCCGCUACUCCGCCUCUCAGAAAAGAUCUGACCCCUCCAGGCGCAGCCGUCGACAGGAUGUAAAGUACGGCAACCCCAUCCGCCAGUGCCGAGGUUACAACUCCAACGUCAAUAAGAACACGCUGGAGAUGGUGCAGUAUGGAGUGGAAGGGAGCUCUACUUUCCUGGAAUGUCAGGCCCGUUCGCCUCAUGUGUCUCUUAAAUGGCACCUGCAGAAGGAGAACAGCGACAGGAGGAAAGAGAUCCGCUCUGAGGGCCGGAUGCUGAAGACGGAGCAGGGUCUGCUGCUGCGCUCCCUCCAGACAUCCGACGGCGGCAUCUACCAGUGCACGUCCACGGAGAAGAACUUCAAACACACGCUGGUCAAACUGCAGCUGGUGGUCCUGUCCGGACGCACGGUCAAUAACAUCCUGGUGGAGACGGGCGGCCCCGCCCAGCCGCCGGUCCAGUCCAGCCCAUGGACGCCCAGCGCCGAUCAGUACAAGGACCUGCUCAACAUCCUGAGCCAGCCGGAGAUGGGCCUGAUCAACCAGUACUGUCAGGACUACUGGCAGAGGGGAGAGGGGAGUCCGGGAGACCCCGCGCUGGGCAUCAGCAGCGUCAAGGGACUCAAGGAGCUGAAGGAGCACAAGAAGCCCCGCAACCGCCGGCAUCACGGCGACGAGGAGGAACGCGAGGACGACGAUGGCGAACACAUCACCGCAUCUGAGACAUGAGGCCCUGGAUUUACGCAGCGUGCCACGAACCAACCCCCCCCCCCCCCCUCGCCGCCCCUGUACAGCUGCCACCAUGUCCCCUCCACUCUCUCCCUCGCUGCACACCCCUCCAAAAAUGGGACUUUAGUGAAAGGAUUUUUAUUUUAUUUUUACGUUUGAAAGCAACAAGAAAGAGAAACCACUUCACGUAGCAACAAUAGCAAGAUAGCAAGCAACAUCCCGAUUGUUCUUAAUUGUUAAAAAAAAAAAAGAUACACAGUAUUUAUUGUAGGUUGUACAUAGUAUGAUUCUGUGGAUUUCUUUGUACUUAAAAUAGAAAAACAAGGCAUUUGUGAAUAGGUACAUCUGUGCAAAUAUUAUUAUAAUAUUAUUGUUGUUAGUGUUUAUUACAAAUUGUGUUAUUAUAUUGCAAAUAUCUUUAUGUUCUGUCUAUUGGAGGACUCGCAGCGAUGCUUUGAAAGGACAUUUAUAAGUGUAAAUAUCUUCAGCUGAAUGGACGGAUGAGAAUGCCCUCCUAAAGGUUUGGUGACGUUGGCUCCAUGUUGGGUCCUUUGACUGCUGGCAGUAAGUCUUUGAGGUGGGUGGAGUCAGAUAACUGACAUGGCAAUGGCUCGGAACCUCUGUUAAAGCCAUGACGAACAGUUGAUUCCCUCAUCCAAUGGACUUUAACGAUGACACUCAACAUCAUUUUGUUGAACUUGUAGAAAGAUGAGGAAAUGCCCGUAGGAGACUGCAGUUUUCAGUUUGUCUCACGGCCACAGACAGAUGUUCGUGAAAGGCCUUUCAAAAAAUAUAAGCCCCCUCUUCCUUCUCCAAAAGGAACCCCGGGGCGAUGCAAGGAAUCACCCGAUAUCCCUUCAAGUCUUCGUCUUCUCCCGGAGCUGGUCAGGGAUGCCUGUGGCCCACUCUGGCUUUCUUUCAAUCCCAUUCUAACAUUGAUAUUCACAGGUUCUUCCAGAACUCGUUGAUGUGGGCUGUUUGUAUAGAAUGUACCUGUAAAUUUGACAUCUUAAUAUUGUACCCUCGAGGCUGUUAUGGUUAGAAGAAGCCAAUUUUUCGGGGGGAGGUAGCUUGUUGUCAUGGGAUUUCAAAUACAUUGCCUUCUCUUUGUACACCAUUGUUCAACAGAGAUUAGAAAUUCAUGCAGGCAGCUAAAUCAUUUGUGACAGUUUGAAUAUGCAAAAUUAUGACGAGAGACAGAGAAAGCUUGUUUUUGAAGCCGGUCCACAUUCUCUUAAGUUUCCAAACAAAUCCAGAAGUGUAUUAGUUUGUAUUCCAGCCAAUUCCCGCUCUCCCUAUGAGGUCAUUUCAGAGCUGUUACUCGGUUCCUACAGAACGUAAAUGUAACAUGACUCUCGUUCAAAAGUUGAAGUAACCUGGUCAGGGCUCAACUGACAGACGUGUACAGCAGAAAGUUCCUGUCUCACUGUGGAACUCCUUCUAUGUACAGUAUCCACAAGCACCGGAAUGACCCCCUCUUGACCACAGGAAAACACAUACCAAACACUUCGGGAUGGCGGCUUUUCAUUGUGUGCAUGAAAUGUAUUGAGUACAGUAUAUGAUAUUAGUCCAUAAAAGCUAUGUUGCUGUGGAUGUCAGUAGAUGUCUCUCUUGUUGUGGGUAAUAUGUCAUUGCAAGGACAGGCAGAUGGACCCAAACCCUAGUAAUGGUAAACACAGGAGCAAAUGGCCCUAAUUACCCUUCUCUCUUUCUCUCCUGCUCUCUCCCCCUCUACCUCUCCUUCUCUUUUUCACCAUCUUCUGCAGAAAGGUAUAACUUCAAUGAAUUAGCAUAUUUUCAAUAUGCAUCCUUGGUUAUUUUUUGGUAUGGGUUUAUGAGGGGAAAAUCCCUUAGUAUGACAUAAAGCACAGUUGAUGUUAUUGUAAUGACUUGUGUAAAUUGCUAUCUCUCCUUUCUCAUUGAUGUUGCUAACUAAUAAAUUAAAGCUCUAUAUUUUA